GUGGUGGCAAAAGCAUUCGGAAUAGCCGUUACUUAUUAACUAAACUUAUUGUAGGUGCAUUUAACACAUGACGGAACAAGCAAGCUAAAAUCUUGCAAUAACAACGCAGUCGAAAGUAUAAUUGAAUUACGAUAAAAUGAAAGUAAUAUAUGCUGGUUACGCCAAAACUGGGACCAAAACCAUGGCAGCUGUGUUCAAUGAAUUUGGUUAUAAAACGUAUGAUUGGCUUGAAAACUCGUGGUAUCUUGGAAAAGAUUGGAGAAAAAUAUUGAAAGAAGGUGGAACUGUGGCCGAUUUCAGAAGAAUGUACGAAGGUAUGGACGCAGUGGUUGAUGCUCCUUGUUAUACCUUUUGGGAAGAAAUAUUAGAAGCUUACCCGGAAUCAAAGAUAAUAUUUUCCAUUCGAGAUGAAGACGAUUGGGUGCGAAGUUUAAAGCAAACAUUGGAUUCCUUGCUAGACCAAACUAUGUACGUUUUAUUGCAAGUGCUCUCCUAUUCUGCAUGGCAGCAUUUUCAGUUUACUUCAGCUUGUUUGCAAGUGGAAGUUGGUUCAACGCAAAAAUGGCCUUGGUCAAAAUGCCAGCAUAACGAGACAGUUUGGAGACGAAUGUACAGAAAUCACAAUGCGUACGUUUUGCAGUCCCGAAAGAUAAGUUGUUGUUAUACAAUUUCAAAGACGGUUGGGAACCAAUUUGUAAAUUUCUUGGAGAGAAAAUCCCGGAAAAAGCCUUUCCACAUGCAAAUGCUAGGGCUUCUAUUCUUAAAGAAUACAUGGAAAGUCAUCCUAUUAUGAAAAGAAUGAAGCAAGAAGCGAUGAUUACGAUCGGGGUUCUUACUCUUAUUGGGGCGUAUGGUGGAUACAAAGUUUACCAAAACCCAACAAGUAUAAGAGGUUGGAUAAACGCAGCGAUGUCAAGGUUCACAUUUUGGGGACAGUUUUAGUUUUACAAGACUAAAAUACAUUUGAAAGUUUUUUCAUAAACCUUCGUUUUAGUAUUAGAAUCGGUAGUAAAUACUAUAUAAACAUGUUCACGUUCCCACGGCCUACGCUCUAUAUUUCGCACAAGCCAUUUCUCAUAAACUAUCCCCAAGUAACUGUGACUGAAUUAAUUUUAUUAUCUGUGCUAAUGUCAUCUAAAAUUGAACCAUGCCUAUUUUCUUAGGUACAUAAUUUUCGUUUAUCUCUAAAACUAGUUUUAUGAGUGUUAACUCCAACUAUUAUCAUUUUACUGACUGUCUAGCGCCACCGUCUGACUGGCUUAUAUUGCCUUUCUCCUGUCUGGUGCGGCAAACUGGCUGACUUGGGUCUAUUUUGGCUAUUGUUGGAAUCUGGCUAUUGUUUAUGAUUCGUGUUAUCGUCAAUACAUCUGUAUAUAUUCAUCUAGUGGAGAGCAUUAAUUAAGUUAUAAACAACAGUUGCUUAUUCCUUAUGGCUAAAACUGCAGCCGCGUUUGAGUUAAAAGCACAGAAAUAUAAAAAAGAAUAGAACGCGCCCACCACUGCCGACAAAAGAGAGAGCAUGAUACACUUUCUCUCUUUCGCGAGUUGUUCCCGUUUACUAUUGUAGUCAAUGAAAUCGAGGGCGUUUUAUGUAGUUUUUCUUCGUUUUUUUUUAC